AUGUGCUUUUGUUUUCUAAUCACAGAUGGCAGUGAGGUCGACAAUGAAGAAAACAGUGCAGCUGAGAAUCAAGAAAAUGACAAAAGAGCAGAUAAAGAGAGGAGGAGAGCAAAACCUAGAGCCAGAAGGGGCCAUGCCAGAGGAAGAGCCAGGCAUGGUGGUGAGGAAGAUGGAGAUGAUGAUGAAGAUGGGACAAGAAGAGCUGGACAACGUAGGCAAAGGAAUCGGAGAGGACGUGGACGAGCAGGUGGAAAUGAGGGCAGUGAUUCUGAGGGGGAUCCUACAAAAGCCAGGAAGAACCAGGCAAAUCAAAAAUCAAAGGAAGAUGAUGAACAAGAGGAAGAUGAAAAAGGGGGUAAGAGUGGGAAAGGCAAAAAUGAGAAGAAACAGGACAAAAAGGCUGAUAAGAAAGGGAAAAAAGAAAAGGCCAACAAGAAGAAAAAGGACAAAAAGAAAUCAGGAUCUGGUUCUGAUUCUGACUCCGAGGAGGAGCCGAUUACUGAGGAAGAACUGGCCAAGCUGAAAGAAGAGGUAGAAGAAAAAAAGAAGCUAAUUGCCACAUUACGAAACAAACCAUGGAAGAUGAAAAAGAAGUUGUCAGUUCUAAAAGAAGCGCAGCUUUUUGUUGAAAAAUUUGAAGGUGCUCUUGGAAAAGGAAAGGGAAAAAAGUUCUAUGCGUACAAAGUGAUGAUGACCAAGAAAUGGAUGAAAUUCCAAAGAGAUUUUGAGAAUUUUAAGACAGCCUGCAUACCCUGGGAAAUGAAAAUUAAAGAGAUUGAAAGUCACUUUGGCUCAUCGGUAGCAUCUUAUUUCAUAUUCUUACGCUGGAUGUAUGGAAUAAACAUGAUUCUCUUUGGACUGACAUUUGGACUUGUAAUGGUGCCUGAGGCUUUGAUGGGAAAGCCAUAUGGCUCUUUACCUAGAAAAACUGUUCCAAGAGCUGAAGAAGCUACAGCUAUGAACUUUGCUACUCUUUGGGAUUUUAGUGGCUUUGCACAGUAUUCUGUGCUUUUUUACGGUUAUUACAAUAACCAGCGGACAAUUGGAUGGCUCAAGUUCAGGAUGCCUCUUUCCUAUUUCCUUGUUGGCGUUGGGACUAUUGGCUACAGCUUUAUGAUUGUCAUUCGAACAAUGGCAAGGAAUGCAAAUGAGGAAGGUGGUGGGGAUGACACUAGCUUUAAUUUCAGCUGGAAAAUGUUCACAAGCUGGGACUACCUUAUUGGCAAUCCUGAGACAGCAGAUAAUAAGUUUGCUUCUAUCACUACCAGCUUCAAGGAAGCUAUCGUGGAGGAGCAGGAGAGCCGAAAGGAGGAAAAUAUUCACUUGACUCGGUUCCUGAGGGUUCUGGCUAACUUCUUAGCCCUGUGCACACUUGCUGGGAGUGGCUACCUCAUAUUUUUUGUUGUGAGAAGAUCCCAGAAAUUUGCCCUGGAAGGUCUGGAGAACUACGGGUGGUGGGAAAGAAAUGAAGUAAACAUGGUCAUGUCACUUUUGGGAAUGUUCUGUCCAACCUUAUUUGAUGUAAUCAGUUCUCUGGAAAACUACCAUCCUCGAAUAGCUCUAAGGUGGCAGCUUGGACGCAUAUUUGCUCUUUUUCUUGGCAAUCUCUACACUUUCAUUAUCGCCCUAAUGGAUGAAAUCAAUCUCAAGUUGGAAGAAGAAAAGAUAGUCAAGUAUAACAUGACAAUAUGGGAAGCCAGUCUGUACAAUGGCACUAUUCCAGAAAAUUCAACUGCUCCUCCAAUACAGGUGGACCCUGCAGAUGUUCCCAGAGGACCAUGUUGGGAAACAAUGGUAGGCCAGGAAUUUGUACGGCUGACAGUCUCUGACACAAUGACAACAUAUAUCACAAUUCUAAUUGGUGAUUUCUUGAGAGCUGUCUUUGUUCGGUUUUUCAAUUACUGCUGGUGCUGGGACUUGGAAUAUGGAUUUCCAUCAUAUUCAGAGUUUGAUAUAAGUGGGAAUGUGCUUGGACUUAUAUUUAACCAAGGCAUGAUCUGGAUGGGAUCUUUUUAUGCUCCAUGUCUCCCAGCAAUCAAUGUGUUCCGACUCCAUACUUCAAUGUACCUGCAGUGCUGGGCAGUGAUGUGCUGCAAUGUUCCCCAGGAGCGAGUCUUCAAAGCCUCCAGAUCAAACAACUUCUACAUGGCCAUGUUGCUUUUCAUUCUUUUUCUUUCUACACUGCCUGCUGUGUACACUAUUGUCUCCAUUCCACCAUCUUUUGAUUGUGGCCCUUUCAGUGGGAAAACAAGAAUGUUUGAAGUCAUAUCAGAAACUCUGGAGCAUGACUUCCCUUCUUGGUUUGGGAAGGUAUUUGGUUAUGCCUCUAACCCUGGACUCAUCCUACCUUUUAUAUUACUGAUGGUCCUGAGUAUUUAUUAUCUCAAUGCUACAUCCAAAUCCUACAAGGAAGCUAACCUGGAACUGAAGAAGAAACUUCAAAGUCAAGCAGAAGAAAACAAAAGAAGAAAUAAACAAAAGGCACAAAAAUCAAAUGAACAAGAGGAAAAUCCAUUUGAGACAGAGCCACCACAGUCAAAGCAAAAAGGAGGCAAGCAAGAUGAAUCUACUGCAAAUCAAGAUAACAAGAAAGAACAGAGUGGCAGUGAAGCAAAGACAACAGGUCAGCCACAGGAAGCAAGUUCCUCUCAGGCACCACAGCAUCCAGGUGCUGCCCUAAAUGGCCACUAUCCACCACAAGGCAGAGGAGGAAACCUUCCUCCCCCACCCAUUGCUGUGACUCGGCCACCGGGGCCACGAGGGUUUGCAGCACCGGGCUAUCCACCUGGACACCCACGUUUUCCAGGGGUACAGCCAGGAAUGCCCAGAGGCCCUCCCUACUACAGAUAAGGAAGCUGUCUGUCCUUUUCUGCUUUGUUAUAAGAUGAAGGACAAUGAGGGAGACAGGAGUGAUCUCGACUUGCAAAAACCUCCUGGAAGUGCAGAACUCUGUUGUGUCUAUUAUGAAUUUUUAUCUGCAUAUUCCUAUGCUUCAGUUUUUUGGGAUGAGACUUCCCAGCAGAAACAAAGAAUAAAAAAAAAAAUAAAAAAAAAUCUGCUUGCUUUUAAAGAUAUUGCAAAAAUGUGUUAGCUGUGUCAAAACGUCAUGAAUCUUAGGGUAUGUAUUGGAAAAUAUUGUUAGGAAAAUAAAUAUUAUUUUGUAUUUUGUUGGUUAUUUUCUUAAAAGCUUGCAAGAGUGUCUCUUAUUUUUGUUCCUCAAAAAUGUUUGCUGAAAACUAAACUUCUUAGUGAAUUUGAAUCAGUUAUAUUUAAAAAAUACAUGUGGCUAGACCUCUGCAAUUGAGAUAUGCCUACUCAAAGCAUUGUGAUUUUGUAUGAUGAAACUGUGAUUGUUUCAGAAGUUGGGUAAUUAUCUCUAAAGUCUUUGGGAAGUUGUUCUAGAGGUAAAAGAAGAGCAAUGUUCUGCCUGUUGCUAUGACGAAAAUUUAACUCCUAUUUAACUCCUGUUGCAGUGCCACUUUUAGCUAGUACAGCAAUAUUGAGUUUUGUCAUAUUUUGAAAGACUAAACAUGAAUUUAAAUAAUAAUGUGGUGAACAAAUAUUUCCUAUGCAUAUAUAUGCAGAUAUGAUUUUGAGGAAUAUAGGUAAGACCAGUACUCACCAGGAUUUUAAAAAAAAAAUUGGACAUUUAUUACUGCAUAAGAAUAUAAGCUAUCAAUCUGCUUUGUGGAUUUAUUAGUGUAAAUCUGUAUUGCCAUAUAGAGAGCCCAGGCUGGAGCAGAUCCUCACUAUGAUAGUGUAGUAGAAACACAGAAUAGAUGCGUGUUCAUUUGUAACCUUGUUACUUAUUCCAAUGAGACAGUCAUAUUUUUAUGUUCUGAUUUUGUUUUGCUGUCCAAACUUUGGGCUCUGAUACUUCUUCUAAUACUCAGAAGAUAAAUAACAACAAUAUAGUCAAUAGGCUGUAUUCUGAAAAAUAACUGCAAUUCUAAUGGGGAUAUUCUGUAUAAAAUGAGUUCAUUUUUAUCCACUGAAAAAGAAGUUUAUCAUAUCUCAGUAUACUGCAAGUCUGUGGUAUCACCAAAAUAAAAACCAAAACAACAAUAACAAAAAUCCAACCAAACUACAACAACAAAAAAGAAUCAGCUUGUGGAACCUAUUGAAAAAGGCAUAAAACUAUGCAGCCUGCAUAUUUCUAUAAUACGCAGUCAGCCAAAUUCACAUUCUAACUCAAACAGUCUAUAAAUCAAUUGCCAGGUGCUAGGGACAUAAACUAAAGGAAAGUUCAUUUUAUACUUUACUUAAUUCUUGCACGGAUUCUGUAAGCAUCUGCUAUCAGCUAGUGACAGGACAUGAGAUCAAUCAGAUCUUUAGCCAACUUCGGCAUGGAUGCUCUGUAUACAAACACAAAGCACUGCUAACUGGAUUGAAAGAGAACUGCAUUGCAAUAAGCACAUGAAAAGGUCUUGCAGACAAAGUGGAACUGCAUUGCUACUAACUGAGUGGACAAAUGAAUUAGGAAUGGAUCACAAGGAAGGUCUGCAUCUGGGGUACAGUGAUUCUUGUAAUUUAACUUACGCAAAGUGUAGCAUAGAUCAUUUCAUCUUUGGAAGAUAAAUAGAUUUUUUAAUCUACAAAGUUCAGAUGUUUUCAGAAAGUACAGUAAUUCAAACUUUAAAAAAUGUGAAAUAUUCAAAUAUUAAAUCUGAACACACUUUUAGUCCAGAAAUAAAUUAGAUUGUAAGCUAAAAGUAAGCCUCAGUGCUCUAGGGUUUUGCCUCAUCCAUGGGUAUAGAACAAACUUUUCUGAAAAGCAAGGAAAUGUUUGUAAUGAGAUAUUAGUUUGGGACUUUUUAUACCUGCGACUGACACUUAGAAAAAGAAGGUGCUAUGUGUAAUCAAGGCUAUGCGUUACAUCCUUUUUUUAGAACAGGUGAAGAAACUAAUUUAAAUAUUCUUUGUGACAUGGUAAUCCAUACAAAGAAGAAAAGAUAGAAUAGCUUUUGAAGGUUGUUGAAGUAAAUUAGAGUAACCAUCUGGUUAUGAAGCAGUGUGGUUCCAUGCAACAUAGAGGCCUUAAUAAGGAUCUCAAGUUCCUUUUGGAGUGAAAAAUCACUGUGUGUGUUUUACUAAGUCUUUAAGUCUGCAGAAUUGUUUUGCAUCAUGAAUGGGAAAGAGAGACUCCACAUGCUAAAACUGUUCUGUUACUCUGAUAUGUAUUUUUCAACAAUAUUUUUAACAACAAAUGUCUCCUCAGUAUUCAUCUGUAAAGGCAAGGAUGAGCAUGUAAUAACUUACAUUAAUAACAAUAACAAGGAUGGAUGCUUUUUAUGUCCUAUGAUAAGCAUCAAGCUGCAGUGACUGUAUAUAAAAUAUUUACUCUUUACUGUAUCUAAAUGAAGACCUUUACUCACUGUUUUAUGAAGCUUUGCUUUCAGUGCUUUCUAGCGUAGCUCUGUUAAAUUGAUUGACAUCUUAUUAAUAAAAUAACAUGGAUUUGAAAGACAAGAUCAGAUAUUAUACCUCUCAAUCUUCAAUAUUAAAUCCACAUUUAGGAAAAGCUGCUGAUUACUUGUUAAAAGAAACCAGAAAGUGUUUUACUGUUCAUUUCCUUUCUGUAUAUCCUUUCUCCAGCCCUUCUAUAGUUUGAGUCUUUGGUUCAAUUACUCUACCUUCACUAUAUAUUUAUUUAUUUUAUUUAUAGCUGAGCAUGUUCAGCUUGGAGACAAUAAAGUUUCUGAAAGGCUUUGUUGCAGCCUUUCAGCAUUUAAGGGGAUCUUAUAAACAAGGGAUAAUGAUUAUAAACUAAAAUAGGAGACAUACUUCCCUAAACUGCAGUGUUACACAGGAAAAUCAUACAUCUUUGUUAACAGAAGUAUAAAAAAGAUAUUUUUUUGGUAUGACAAAAAGUUGCUGUCUUAUUGCCUAAGGCUGAGUGGUAAGAGUGAUAAUCAUAGAUUACAGAUUCUAAUGGCAACUUGUAUCAUAUUUGAGUAAAAGCACUCGCUGUUGAGUAUUUAUUUGCAUUAGGAUAUUUAAAGUUCAUGUAGAAAGCCAAAAGAUGUCUGGCUUUAACAAUAGUAAUUCAUGGAAAAAAUAAAUAUCAGAUCCCUAAAUGCCCAGACAGAAAGCAUCUGAAUAUCUGUGUGCUGUAAUUCAAUGAUCUGAUUAAUCUAUCAUGUUUAGUAUUUUUUUUUUUUUU